AUGACUUCAAACCUUCAGCCUCAGCCUCGAGGCGAUGCUUCAGUGCGUGAAUUCGGCAGAGACUUUCUGGCCUUCUCAAUUCAGCACGGCAUACACUGUGUACCUAUUGAUGAUUUCGAGAGUGACUCGGACUAUGCUGUCCGAAGAGCUCUCAAGAGAGUGGAAGAACUCAAUCGACAAGCCGAUUUCUACGACAUCAUCUCUCGGUUGCUCGAGGGACGUCUUUUCCUACCAACCGACUUGACGCCAGAAUUCGUACUCGACUGUGGAAGCGGCAGCGGCAUCGAGUGGGCAGAAGAAGUGAUGGAAAAGUCAGAGCUGGGGCCAGGGUCUUCCAGCUCAGAGGACGACGACUUCGCAUGCCAGGUAGUUGCUGUUGACAUUUUCCAUACCGAAGGAUCAUCGCCCGGAGUGGUAAAGAAGAGGUGGAAUUUGAAUGGACCUUUUCGUUACGACCAAGAGGAACUUGCCAGAGACAAGUAUGAUCUUGUCAACUCACGCUUCCUUGCAGACAGUAUCAACGCAAACCGAUGGGGGUCUUACGUACAAGACCUCCAUGACCGACUCAGGGCUGGUGGUUGGCUCCAGAUGCUCGAAGCUCAGUUCCAUAUCCAAUCGCACAGCGGAAGACCUCUGGAGUAUCUGUCGAGAUGGUGGACUAUCUACAGUCAGGCUUUGGAAAGGCACAACAAGGACCCAAGAGUCGGAACGGAGUUGUCGAGGUAUAUGGCCAAUGCCGGGCUCGUCAACAUUGUCAUGGAGCCGAAACGACUGCCAGUCGGAGAAUGGCAUCAAGACCCUCGCUUGAGAGAGAUAGGUAGGGAUAUGAAGCCGAUAGCUGUGCAAACUCUGAGGUCGUUGGGUCUAUGGCAUUGCCGUCGGGCUGGUAUGCAGGAAGUCGACUUCGAAGAUCUGAUCGCCGGUUGUGAAAGAGAGAUCUCAGACGCGAGUCUACGACUCUAUAUUCCGUUGUAA